AUGAAGAAUAAAGUGCCGGUCAACUCGAUCACGUCGAUCAUUGAGAUGAACUUCAAAUUCUACCGUUUGGUUGGUCUGUCUCCGUUCGAGCUGAACGCGAGCCGGGUUCGCCUGUCGAAACCGUUGUGCUGUGCGGUCGGUGGGUUCGUUACGUUCUACUGGACGUCGAUGGUGUCCUCCAUUGCCACGAGCGACCACGGCAACGAUCGCAUUUCCCGGAUCUCCAACUAUUUCCAGCUCAUCAGCAACGCCAUCAUGCUGACGACCAUUUUGCUCAGUCCGGCGUUCAAGUUGCGCAACUUUGCUGAGCUGGUACGCGGGCUGCGAAAGCUGGAGCAGGAUUUGACGAAGGCCUCGAUUAUGACCAACUUCAGACAGAUGACACGCUGGAACGUUGGUAUCAUUGCCGGCACGAUCACGUUUCUCGUGCUGAUGACCUCGUUCGAUUGCUAUGUGACCGUGUUUAAGGGAAUGAUUCGGGUUGAUUAUUGGAUCAUUACCAUACUGCCCCAGUUUAUCAAUGUGAUCGCCGUUACUCAAGUUAUCUUGCUGCUGCUCUACAUUAACGGCCGUUUCCGGCUGCUCAACCAAAUGCUGCAAGACGAGCAGCAUCCGGUGAUCGGGAGGAAAAUGUUGCUCCAUUCGCGUAAGCCCACCAUUUCCACGUCUAAUGAACCGUCGAAGAUAGGCCUGCAUGUCAUUGAGGUGCCGAGCGGAGGAAUGGAUAACGAUCCCAUGAGCCACCUGAAGUUACCGAAGAUCCUGUAUCUGUACAACGAUCUGUACGACAUCUGCAAAAUGGCCGAUCGCUACUACGGACUGCUGUUUCUGCUGACGUUCACGUCGAUCUUCAUCGUAACGACGAUUCAGCUGUACUAUAGCUAUACCAUCCUUUACUGGUUUACAGACGAAAAUGGAUUCACCAUUUGGUCGUUGAUGGUUUGCUUCAACACGAUCUUGAUCAACCUUGGUGUGCUUCUGACGAUCGUGUUGCUGUGUGAGAAAAUAUCCAACAAAACCAAGCAGGCCAACGAUCUACUCUCGGAUUUGCAACUACGUGGUUCUCGUCAAAUGUCGUCCGAACAAAUCAUCAAACUUACCGUGCCUUUUCAAGCAUCGAACAAGGUGUUCAAAUUCUCAGCGAUGGGUUUUUUCCUUAUCGAUUGCAACAUGCUGUGCGGGAUGAUUGGCGCAAUCACGACGUACUUGGUUAUCUACAUUCAGUUCUACAUCCUGUACGCGGAUGAAGUGAAAAAAUCUACAUUCGUUUCUCGAUUCCAGAUUUAA